AUGCUAGCUGCGCUGGAACAGAGGGAGACCGGGAUGGCUGGACAUCAUGCCAGUCCAGCUUCUCAUUUCAGGCUGCUCGACUUGCCGAGGGAGAUUAUCCGCCUUGUCUGCAUUCAUCUAUACGAUCCACUCGAAUUGAGCCAGCAGGACAGGUUGACCUGGGGUAUCUUCUCCACUGUCGACAUGGACGGUCCCCGCCAAGAAGACCUCGCGAGUCUGAUUCGGUUCGGCUGGGUAUGUCGCAAAGUCCGCCGAGAGGCUCGAGUCGUCCUGUUCCGGUGUAUCCGGGUAAACGAGUUGAAGCAACUUCACGAGGUGGUGGAGCACAGAGAUAGCUGGGGAAAGUAUGUUCGCUCCAUUAUCAUCGACCUCAACAUGUUUGAUCCCGACCCGGAGUCAGACUCACUCAAUACCUCGCCAUUCCUCGGAUCCACCCCCCAGGGCCGGCUCGUCCACUCCAUUCUUCCACGCCAGCCAAGGUCGUGCUGGUCGGAAUCAGCCCAGCUGGUCGAGCUGUUUCGCUCUCUCCCGUCCCUAUCCCACAUGUCCAUCUUUGCAGAUGCGUCAGACGACUCUGCCCUCGCUCUCUUCUUUUCAUCACUCAUCGCCCACCCUUCGCUCCACGUCCCUCCUCCGCCAACCCGGCCCAGCACGCCCAAGCUCCUCCCCACUGGACGCAGUCGGGCGUCCCUCUCGGCCACAGCGCCACUCUUCGCUCCUGCUACGCCCGUGCCGGACCAACCGCCCCUCCCUAUAUCUGCCCGGCUCACCUCAUUCGGGUGGCGCCAACGUGCUCCCCCUCCAUCCGGAUUCCGGCAGUACGCCCAAGUCUCCACCUUCGUCUCGACCCUCCAUCUUAUCCGGCACUGCUACCGCCUCUCCACCCUCGUCCUCGACGCAGACAUGGACGAGAUGGAUCCCGAGGAUAUCCUGACGGUAUGCCGCGAGCUGCGCCAGCGACCGCCACCGAAUGGCGAGCAGAGCGAGCGGGUGUCGAUGACGUUGUGCGGGCCGAUCCGAGGCUGGGAUGUGGGGAGCGGUGGUCGAGGCGGAUUUCUAGAGAAGAUGGUGAGGGAGUACACGGGGUUUAAGGAGUUGUUUAUCGACCGACCCCUGAGGAAGAGCCACGAGGCACACGAGACGACCGUAGCGCAUUUCAUCACCUUACUCCGGCCGAUCGCCCAGCUCCCAUACCUCCGCCUUCUUCAAGUCGGCUCAUACACCUGGUCAUCUGAGGCGCAGCUCGAGAUCGUCCACACCCUCGCGCAGAUGCUCCCGACCAUCCUCGUUGUCGGCCUUUUGAACGAGCAGGCGCAGACGAGCUGGUGGGGACUUUGGCGGAGGUUGCAGCCGCCGAAUCCGCAUUUUGUGGGGGAGGGCGUCAAACGGCGAAAGGUGGAAGACGGCGAGGUCUUGGCGGUGCCUUUGGGUGACGGGCAUUUGAAGAUGCUGGAGGACGAGGCGGAUAGUAGGGAGAUGCAGACUGGCGCAAUGAGCAGGAACACGAAGGUGGAGAAGGCAGCUCCGGCGGAUGUUGAGAUGGGCGCUCCCAACGACGUGCUUCUGCCUCCGAAUGCAGUCGCAGUACCGGUCGUGGGGACAGAGGGAUCGCGAUCGAAUGGUGGGAAUGGGGUGGAGGGGCGGAUGAGCCUGAAGCGGCUUCUCGAGACUGAUUGA